AUGAGGGUAAGAUGGAACUUGAUGGCAAUUUUCACCGGUGAAGACAGUCUGGAGCUCACGUAUGCACCAUACCGUGUUAUUGCAAGUGCAUACCACUUGGCUCAGGGCAUCACCAAUCCAUGCUUUGUAAGGCCUUUUCUGGUUGCUGUACGCAGCGGUACCAUGGUCGCCUGCAGCUAUCCGGAGCAAUGUCGAGUCGAGGGUGGACCUUCAAUGAUGUCAUUUCUGGGCGAUGCCUUUGGUUGGGUUGGGGUUGUUGGUUGUUCGGGGGUCUUUCUCUUCGGCAUCGGCUGGAUUAACAUUGCUGCACUGCCACCACACGAGUGGCCGGCAGACAUCUGCUUCGCUGCAGAUACAUUUGUGGAAAGUCUGCAGCAUUUGCGGUUCGUUGCGCCUCUCGAGAAGCAUCAUAUUCUUCACAGCUCAUGA